UCCUGGUUCGCUGCUCAACGCGACAGUGGCACAACUUUAAGAAACUGGGAAGCUUCUGCGUGCUCACUUGGAAACUUUCCAAACUCUUCAGGAAAUCAACGGAAACAGGUUCGUCAAUGUAUGCUCCCUGAGAGGAACAACCAUUGCGAAACAUGCGUCCAUUCCUUCUGCGGCGUACAUCCCUCCUCAAACUGGUGCUCCUUGGGGGGACUCUCUUCAUGGUGAUCCUACUGGUUCUCCAGAAGGAUGUCGGGUCUUCACCUGCUGGUGACCCCUGGUUUCAGGAGCUGGUGGUCAAGAAGGAUAAGGUGAUGAUCAUGGUCCGAGAGGCGGUCAACAACAUUGGCUUCCAGAUCAAAGCUCCUCAGGCACCGCCAGUAGAGCAGCAGCCCACCGAGGACCCUAAAUGCCCUGCUGGAUUCUACACUCGGGCUGAGCUCAAACCUCACCUGGAGAGACCGACUCAGGACCCCGCGAGCCCUGGGGCUGAUGGGAAAGCGUUCCAGAAAGACCACAUGUCCCCAGAUGAGGCGAAGGAGAAAGAGGAGGGGAUGACGAGGCACUGCUUCAACCAGUUUGCCAGUGACCAUAUCUCACUCAGCCGGAGUCUCGGGGAUGACACGAGGCCUUCAGAGUGCGUGGAGAAGAAGUUCCGUCGCUGUCCUGCUCUGCCGACCACCAGCGUGAUUAUUGUCUUCCACAACGAGGCUUGGUCCACCCUCCUCAGGACGGUCUACAGCGUCCUGCACACGUCUCCCGCUGCCCUGCUCAAAGAGAUCAUCUUGGUGGAUGAUGCCAGUGUUGCAGAGCACCUAAAAAACCAACUAGAUGAAUUUGUACUUCCGCUGAAGAUUGUCCGUGUGGUGAGGCAGCUCGAGAGGAAGGGCCUCAUCACUGCCAGGCUGCUGGGCGCCAGCAUCGCUCAGGGGGAAAUCCUAACCUUUUUGGACGCACACUGUGAGUGUUUCCAUGGUUGGUUGGAGCCGCUGUUGGACCGCAUUGUUGAGGAGCCGACAGCCGUGGUUAGUCCAGAGAUCGCCACCAUUGACCUUGAAACCUUUCGGUUCGCCAAGCCUGUAGCCACCAGCUCCGCUUACAACCGGGGGAUCUUUGACUGGAGCCUGGGUUUCGGCUGGGACCAAAUCCCUGAGGAAGCGAAGAAGCUGCGCAAGGAUGAAACCUACCCCGUAAAAACACCUACUUUUGCCGGCGGUCUUUUCUCAAUCUCAAAGAAGUACUUUGAACACAUUGGAACCUACGAUGACAAGAUGGAGAUCUGGGGCGGUGAAAAUGUGGAGAUGUCGUUCAGGGUUUGGCAGUGUGGGGGUCAGCUUGAGAUCCUCCCUUGUUCUGUCGUUGGCCAUGUCUUCCGCACCAAGAGCCCCCACACCUUCCCCAAGGGCACAGCAGUCAUCACUCGCAACCAGGUCCGCCUGGCUGAGGUCUGGAUGGAUGACUACAAGAAGAUUUACUAUCGCCGCAACAAGGAAGCUGCACUGAUGGCCCGGGAGAAUAAGUAUGGGGACAUCUCUGAUCGUCUGAAUCUGAGAGAGAAGCUUAAGUGCAAGAACUUCACCUGGUAUUUAAACACCAUCUACCCAGAGGCCUUCAUUCCAGACUUAAACCCACAAAGAUUUGGUGCAAUUAGAAACUCUGGAUCUAAAACGUGUCUGGAUGUUGGAGAGGCUAACCAGGGAGGUAAAGCUGUGAUCAUGUACCAGUGUCACAACAUGGGAGGCAACCAGUACUUUGAACAAACGACUCACAACGAGCUGCGUCAUAAUAUUGGAAAGCAGCUGUGUCUUCAUGCCACCCCCCAGCCAGACACGGUGACGAUCGAGCUGUGCGUCCUGAAGGGGAAGGGCACCAGUUUGGCCCCAGAACAGGAGUGGGACUUAACAGAGGAACAUCUACUGAAAAAUCCCAGUAGUGGGAAAUGUUUACGACUGAAUGGAGACAAGCCUCAGAUGGACCACUGUAAUGCUGCUGACCUCUACCAGCACUGGACCUUCAGCUGACCUCCCUGUCUGCCCAUCACGUGACCUCUGGACCUCGUGUCCCCUUCCUCAGACUCUGCUCUGAGGAGCCAACUCAACAUCGAUCCAGAAGGACGUCCUGCUGUGGCGCUUGGGGCAUGUUGCCCUACUGAGUGGACAGUUACAGAUGGAGGACAAAGAAAAGACUGUUGAAGACGCUCGGCUUAACUUGUUUUAAAUGUAUUUAUGAUGAAAACGCGGAGAGACGCUUGACUUGGGAUUAUGAGUCACUAGACUGUGGACUUUGCCUGCAGGAGUGGCAGCUUGACUGUGGGGCAGUGGGUGUGACCCGAAAUGAUCUUACUUCAGUAAAUUCACACUCCAGUUAGUGUGUUUUAUAAUUUUUGUUUGUCAAUUAAUUAAUUGAAACGUGACAUUGAACACGUUACACGUUGAAAUAUGCACUUAAAUCAUAAAAUCAAGAGAUGUCUGUUUUUUUCAAAAUAAAAUGUCUUUGUUGUAUCAGAUAAAUGCUCAUUUGUUAUGGAAAAAAUGUUUUUUUUAGAUCACCAUGAGUAUCAAGAAAAACAGGAGGUGUCACAGUUAAACUGUAAAAUAUUUUUAUUUUGAUAUGUCUGUGUACACUACAGCAAUAAUCUUUAAUUAACAUAAUUGUUAUAUAUUUUAUUUUACUUUAAGUAAUGGUUGGGAAAUUUUCUGAAAUGGUUAACUCACUGUGGUUACUCAAGCUACAAAUAUUAAAUCUUUUGAAUUUA